AGGGAAGUAAGGAGGCCAACCGGAAAAGAACCCGAAGGAGAGGAGACGCCCCAAUCUUGCUACGGUGGCCUGAAAGGAGAGGCGAAGCAACCCAGGAGAAUUGCUCGUUUCUGGGCCUCCGUCGUGAUGUCUUUCAAGAGGGAAGGUGAUGAUUGGAGUCAACUCAAUGUGCUGAAAAAACGAAGAGUCGGAGAUCUGCUGGCCAGUUACAUCCCAGAGGAUGAGGCGCUGAUGCUACGGGAUGGACGCUUUGCUUGUGCCAUCUGUCCCCACCGACCUGUCCUGGACACCCUGGCCAUGCUGACUGCCCACCGUGCAGGCAAGAAACAUCUGUCCAGCCUGCAGCUUUUCUAUGGCAAGAAGCAGCCAGGGAAGGGAACAGAGCAGAAUCCAAGACAGCAGAAUGAAUUGAGGAGGUCAGAGACCAAAGCUGAGGCUCCUCUGUUAACUCAGACCCGACUUACCACCCAAAGUGCUCUGCACAGAGCUCCUCACUAUAACAGCUGCUGCCGCCGGAAGUACAGACCAGAAACCCCUCGUCCCUCUGUCUCCCAUUUCCCUUUGCCACCCCCAGAGGUUGAACCCAAGAGUGGGAAGAUCAGUAGGGAACCCGUGCCUGGGGCUGGCCCACAGGCCAAGGAGUCAGCAACUGUCUCAUCCUCUGCACCCAUGAGCCCCACGAGAAGACGUGCCCUGGAUCAUUACCUCACCCUUCGAAGCUCUGGAUGGAUCCCAGAUGGACAAGGUCGAUGGGUAAAAGAUGAGAAUGUUGAGUUUGACUCUGAUGAAGAGGAACCCCCUGAUCUCCCUUUGGACUGACACAUUCCAUUCCCCCACUCAGUUCAGAAGUAAAUUUCAGUGGGCUCUGGAAGCUGAAUUUUCCUCGAGUCUCCUUCCUUGUUCCAUUUCAGGAUUUCAAACCUGCAUUCUCAGCCUGGCCAAUUCUUCCCUGCAAUGUACAAGACUCCCCAUACUUCUAACCCCUCCCCCACCUUCUACCAAUGUCAUGCCAAGCGUCAGCUGCACGUAGCCCAAUGCCCUAUUAAUAAGCCUGUCAGAAGGA